CACGCUGGCAGGCAUCUUGUCUGAAAUCUCUUGGAUCAAAUCAUUCUUGAAUGCUAAGCAGCGCACAGUCUGUUGUUUUGUUGUCCAUGUUGCUAAGCGACCAUCAGCAAGUCAAAGGCUGAGAGAAAAGACAAAUCCCGAAAGAGAAUGAGACGUGGUGGAGGGCAGGAAAUUGUGAGUUUUUAACAACGAAUCUCUGGUGCUUCUGUGGACCAAGGUUCAGUGUUUGUGAAGGCAAAAUGUGGGACACGAGGUCUCUCGAGAAGAUGGUGAACAGGACGACUCUGAGCACACAGAGAGUGCUCCACACACACAUUCUGGAACUAGGAGAACAGUUGUGUCCGUGGUCAUUUCCCAAGGCUAGAACGGACAACCACCUAAAAUUGGCUCCAAACAUGGUAAAUUCACGACCUGCGAUUGGACAGGAACAGCCGGACGCCCCCGUCGUGGAGGAAUUUAAGCAGUUGGCAGAGGAUGAGAAACGUGCUGCCCUUAAACUCCAAGAGGAGAGACUGCAGGCCCGGUUUCGGGAGGCCCUGCGAGCGAGGGACAAGCUGGAGGCUGAAAUGAGGCGAGAGCUUCAGGUCGAGCUUCAGGCCCAGUUCAGAGCUCGUUGUGAAGGCCUGAAGGCUCAGAUGGAGGAAGAGAAGGUCCAGGCCGUAGGGGAAGCCUGUAGGAAGCUGCGAGAACAGCUGAACAAAGAGGCAGAGGAGACCAGAGAGGCAAUAAUACAAACCGUACGAGAAGAGACUCAGGAGUGUGUGAGGAGGUGUGUUCAGGACGCCGAGAGAAGUGUUCGUGAGGAGUGUGACAUGAAAGCAGAAAGAGAGAAACGGGUCUACCAGGACAGACAUGAACAAGAGAUAUCUGAGCUACAAAACAGGCUCCAGCAGCUGCGAGACAGUCUGGAGCAGGCCUGCAGGGAGAGCAUUCAGUAUGAAGCUGAGUUUAAGAAGGUGCAGGCGAGCUACAUGCGGUUCGUGGACCUGACCGACUCCUCCCUCCACUCGGAUUACCUGCUAAAACCCCGCAGACUGGGGAGAGAGCCAGGACUCGUGGACACUGCGACACAGACCGAUGAGAUCCCCCCUCCACUGUGAUCUUCUCACAGUGUCUGUCUGGGGAUUUAACAGUGUCCUGCAG